GGCAUAAUGUAGCGAUUCGUCGCCAAAUCAGGCGCUUUCUUACCUGUCUCAAUGUCGCUAAAAACACUUUCCCCUUUAAUACUUGCCGGCUUUGUCAGGUGGGUCAAACAAAAGUGAAAUCGCUCUUGAUUUGAACUGCUAAGAAAUGGAAAGUGAAAAAACGGGGUUGUGGGAAAAUCAGCGACGUGAAGAACUUAUAGUUGGGGAUUCGGUUGGAACCCCAGGAGCUGAUAUUGCUAAACUAAAAAUUCCAUCAUGGUACGACGAAAAAAAAUUUAACAGGGCCAAAGAACUCUACAAUCAGUAUUUUGCUGCAGUGAAUUUUGGACACUUUUGCGGUCUGCUGUUAUCUUUCUAUUUCACAAAGAACAUCAAGACACUUAUGUCAACAGGUGAAUCUGCCACCAAGAAUUCACUCUUCCACCGCUACUUAAUGACAGUCCGGCAUGUACAAAAAUGGUAUGAAGGAGAUGUAUGGGAUGUAAAUGACAGUGCCCACCGAUCCUUGUCUGUUGUUAGAUCGAUGCAUGCCAGAGUUGGCAAGAAGAUGGCUGAACUAAACGAUGGUGUAGUCUAUGUAUCUCAAUGGGACAUGGCUGUGACUCAGUGGGCUUUUAUCGGACCAUUAGUUCUUUUUCGAUCAACGGUCGGUCUAUUUGGCUGGACCAAUGACGAUUACGAUGCAAUACUUCACUUUUGGCGAACAAUUGGCUACUUACUUGGAAUAGAAGACAAGUACAAUUUGUGCCAGGGUAGUUAUAGCGAAGUUCUUGCAACAUGUGAAAAGUUAUUUCAUAACGACUACAAGCCAAUGGUGGAAAAAGCAGAUCCAAUCUCGGUUUCAAUGGCAAAAAAUGUAACGGAAGCGAUGAGCUUGAUGGAUCCUCUUUUUACAUGGCCAGCUCUGGCGACAUUCAUCCACGAAUUAGUUGGUCUACCAUGUCCAGUUGAUAUGGGUAUUAUUGAUAACAUUUGCUACAGUUGUAUGAGAUUCAUGAUGACUUAUUUAAUCCAGUUUGAUAGAGUCAGAAUUUUUAUGAAUGAGUUUACUCGAUGGAAAUUAAAUGCAGCUGAUAAGAAAGACUUAGAAUUGAUGAAAAAAGGAAGACAUUCUGUUCCUGCUAAAACAGUAACAGCAGGUUAAGGAGCGGUAAUGUUAAUGUAUAUAAUUAGGGCAUUCUCAUCAAAGUUUUGUACUUUACAGUGACAGUGACAGUUACAGUGUACUUAUUACAGCAAUAUAGCUAAUGUUCAUUGUUAUUAUAUAACUCUACCGCAGUGGAAAUGCGCUUAAACACCAACGGACCCUCAUUCCGUUGACCGAUAUAAUCCGAAAACAUAUCUACAGUUUUAGAGCUAAGACCAAAUAUAUUUAACUCAUCGCAUUUUUCAAUUAUUGCAUUCACACACGACAAUUCAGACAGACAGAUCAUAAAACUUUUUAUGUAUUUAUCCCAAAUUUUAUGACAGAGAGUGGCGUAUUUCUCUCAGCAGCUGUGUAAGGCUGGACUGAAGCACUCUGUUUAAAAAGAUGUUCUUAGCCUAGAUGCGAUAUGCAUAAAUUUGUAAAAAAAAUACAAAUUUUCUGAAUAAUUAAAUAUUAGGUACUUGACUAAGCAUUAAUAUUAUUCUAUCAGGUUUUUUUUAAAUAUAUGUUUCGUUAUUACAAUAUUUGUAAAUACCAAAUAUCCACUUAAAUAAUAAUGAAUACAAGAUCAGAUGCCAUACAGUCAAUGAAUCAAACUAAAUAAAUAAAAACAUAUGCAUUUUACAAAAAUAAGGAAGAUACCUAUAAUAAACCAUUAGCCUUACGUUAAAUUAAAAAUGCGUUGAAAAAUGAAAAUAAAUUGUCCAGUUUAUUUAAAAAGAAGCUUCAUAUCCUGCCUAGGGCUGCAAAUUGUCUAAAUCCACCCCGAAUACAGAUUUGCAAUAAAACCAUGAGCUUUGGAACAUCCUUUUAGUUCAUAGUAUUUUGAAUUUUUUGUUCAGAUGCACGCGUAUGUACAUACAGACUAUUUCUCAAACUCAUUCCGUCCAAACUUUAGUACAGAAUUGCAAUUUUGGUGUAGAAACCGAAAACCAAAUUUUAUUAGAUUCCGUGUUCAAAUCACGUCCGGGUCACCAAUGUGGCGAUUUGAGAUGAGCGAGGAUAGAACCUGGAACCUUGUGGUUCGCAGACCAGUAACAUGACCACAAUACAACAGCAAUUUCUCGGGUAACGUAGCUGUUAGCUGGCUUAUAAGCUAUUCACUACAAAUAUUUUUUUUUGUUUCAUUUGUGAGUUAUUUCGCUUACACUUAAUAAUACAUUACUCUUUAUGUUUUAAAUCUCUUUGGAAAGACCAUCGAAUAACCCUUCAUUAUUUCUUCAGAAUUUCUCUAGAACCACGUAUUUGUUCAAGAAAGAAAGUUAUGACACUUUUUGUAUUUGUUAAGUUUUUUUUUUAGUUAUUUAGAUCAAAAGUGAAUGUCUUGUUGAACAGUUUUGUUCGUUUAUGAUUCAAAAUGAGUCAUUCAUCUUACCGAUGAAAGCACAGUUUAAUAAAAAAAAAUCAGAUUGAAAAUAUUUUUACGACUUUCAAUAAAACAUAACUCCUACUAUACUAUAUAACUCCUAUUCAAUUCCUACUAUUAGUUUUCACUUUCCCUAUAUAGUUCAAAUUUUCAAUCGUUAAUAAAAUACUUUUUAUUCAUCCACUCAAGUUGAAAUACAUUUUUUUAAAACUUUUAAUGGAUGACACUUGAUGUUAAUACAGUUUUUUCAAAUAUUAAUUCAUUAAUUAUCAAAUUUAAUUAAUUUUUAAUACUUUAAAUAGAGUUUUAGCAGUUUGUAAUGAAAGUUGGAAUCAACAGGCAGUAGCUAAAUCGAUAAAAUGCAAUGAUUUCAGUACUUUUCACGUGAAAGUGAAGAAUGCGAGUUCAAUUUUUGCAAAAGUAGGAAUUACUAUAAAAAAGUUCUAUAUUACUUGUGUGUUUUUUUUAUUGUGAAAAGUGUUAAGUUUGAAGAAGAUUAUUUUAGAAAAUCUGCUGCCACGGUACUAGGAUAAAUUCAUCAACCACCUACCUUAUGAAAAACUACAUACAAUGAACUCAGUAUAAAAUUCAAAUAAAAAUAUUUUGUUUUAAAAUAUUUAAACAGAUGUGCUUGCUCGACAGUGCCAUUAUUUUUUACUUUUGUAUUGUGUUCCUUAGUCAUUUGUACUUAGUUUAGCUGAUCUAUUUAUGAAACGUUAUCAAAUACUAAUUCAUAAAAAAGUCCAUAAAAAUAUUAAAUUAAAAAACACUUAAGCCUGCCAAAUGUGCUGCUUCCUUUUUCCGGAAUGCACUUUGGCAAAAUGCCAUGUUUGGUAGUCUCCAGUUGAAAAUAGUUUUGGAUGACUUCCAUGAAACAAAUAUAAAAAUCGUUUGAUAACGAUUUUUCAUUAAUGAUCCAACAUAUUUUCUUUUGUACAUAUGUAUUGUUGUUUGUUUUUUGGAACUUGUUUCUUUUUUUGAUGUAGUACAGUAUUUGUUAUUGAAAUAUGAAUCUCACAUGUUCAUUCUUUACAAAUAUUUAUAAAAAUGUAUGUUUUAAUAGGAAUUCUUUUCUUAAAGAAAAAUAAGAAUCGAAUGCGAAUCUUUUAAACUUAGAAAUAAAAAAAUAUACUUUUUCCUAAUUCCCAUUAGUAAGUAAAAUUGACAAAUUGAUUAAUAAUUUGAAAUUUACUAAUGUAAAAUUUAUUUAUAAUAAAUGCUCUUG